AUGAAGAAGGCACAGCCAGAUCAUGUAAAGUAUCCAAGUGAAGGUUUUACUAAAGCAAAUUUUUUAAUGAAGUGGGCAAGUUCAGUGGUAUCACUUGCAAGUUUACUUGCAAGUGAUAUCAACAAUCUCAAACUUUGUUCAACGUCUGAUUUUGAUGACCACGAAGAAGCAGCUGUUGUCAAUGAACCAUCAGGAACAACCGGCACU